CGGAAUCUGCUGCGGGAAGAACGUCCGGGUUUCUUGAGCAUCUACAGUCAUGGCGGCGACUGCCCCCAGUGCGGGGGGCUCCGCGCCUGAGGCGGCGGGUUCCGACGAAGCCCCGCUACAGUACAGCCUUCUUCUGCAAUACCUGGUGGGCGACAAGCGUCAGCCCCGGCUUCUGGAGCCUAGUAGUUUGGGUGGGAUCCCGAGCCCCACCAAGAGUGAGGAACAGAAGAUGAUCGAGAAGGCAAUGGAAAGCUGCGCCUUCAAGGCAGCGCUGGCCUGCGUGGGAGGAUUUGUAUUGGGAGGUGCAUUUGGGGUAUUCACUGCCGGCAUUGAUACCAAUGUGGGCUUUGACCCUAAGGAUCCUUACCGUACGCCGACAGCGAAAGAAGUUCUUAAAGACAUGGGGCAGAGAGGGAUGUCCUACGCCAAAAAUUUUGCCAUUGUGGGCGCCAUGUUUUCUUGCACCGAGUGCUUGGUAGAAUCUUACCGGGGAAAAUCAGAUUGGAAGAACAGUGUCAUUAGUGGCUGCAUCACUGGAGGAGCCAUUGGUUUCAGAGCGGGCUUAAAGGCCGGGGUCAUUGGUUGUGGAGGUUUUGCUGCUUUCUCUGCUGCGAUUGAUUAUUACCUACGGUGAGAGUUAUUGCCUCCAGGGAAGGACAGUGCCAGCCCAAGAUUAGAGCUGUUCCGUGGAGGGCAGUUUCUGUACCACUCUGAGGCACUUGCUUCCGAGACCGAAGACCUUUGUUUUCCCUCGUGUAGUUGGUGUGGUGAGGGAGCCACCUGGCUGCUUUCUGCCCCCAGCCUCUGAGUGGCCAUACUUUCUGCUCCUGGGUUCUAGCCACGCCUAGUGGGGGAUGUGCCAUGGCAGCCUCUCUCGGGCAGAUCAGGAGUCAGUGUGUUGACUUGUAGGAAUUAAGCUCCCCAAAGCUCAGUCCUGACCACAGCUGGCCCUCUGGUUGUUUGGUGCUGGGAACAGAGGCGACUGGACGUACACCAGGAAGUUCGGAGCUCCAGGCAGUCAUCCAUCUCACACGAGGGCAGGGCACAGCUAAUUUACACCUUCUCUCCCAUUUUGUCAUUAUGUUUAGUGUUGUCUUUGUUUAAAAUUAUAUUACAGUUUAAAAGGUUGGUUAGUUUUGGGGCGGCGGAGGGGGGAUAAUGACAGAGUGAGUCUUUGGUUCUGCCCCUGGAGCCGGAGCUGUCUUGUCCCCUCCUCUUCCACUUCCCAUUAUAAAUAAUAAAGGCCGUUCAAACCAUAAAAUAAAUGAAUAAAUAAAA